AUGGUGCCGCCCACUACUCCCGCCCUCAACUUCACCUGGGACAAGUUCAUAUCCCGCGGCGACCAGAUCGCCAGCACCCUCCUCCAGUCCUUCGUCGUCCUCAACGCAACCGCCGCCGAAAGUUACUCCCCGCAAGAUGACACCGCCCGAAACGAUGGCGUCCAGGUCGAGGUCGAGGACGUCGUCAACAUCAAGCUCGAUUUCGCCGGCUGCCCUAUCGAUCCGAUCCCCGAAGACUACCACUUCGACCCCCAGAAGCGUCGAGACUGCUCCGUCGCCUGCCACAACGCCACGCACCUCUUCUCUUCCUUCAGCCUGUACAACUGCGCCGUGCUGGCCACCUCCGCCAUGCUCGUGCAGAACGGGUCCCUCGACGCCGAUGACAAGGCCCUGAAGCGGUACGAUUCCGAGCUGCACUUCGGAUCGCUGGAGACGUUCGCCUGGGCCGACGUGCUGGAGAACAUGGCCCGGUGCACCGCCGCCACCUGCGAGACGGGAGAUUACGGCGAGUGCCGAUACGACGAUUACUACGACGCUUUGCUGGAGACGUCGUGGUCGGACAUUUCGGUCAAGGACGGGCUGAGGGCGAUGGGGCUACUUCUCCGCGAGUUUGACUGGCUGUGCACGCCGCGGACCGAGGGGAGUGAUGAUUCUGAUGUAGAUAUUGGCGGGCCGGGUGUGCUCAUAGGAUACUUUAUCCAGAUCAGCAUCGCCAUCCUCUUCUUCAUGUUCGCCAACGUCCUCAUCUACUGGACCAAGCUCCCCGAUUUCCUCAUCUCGACCCUCUCCAAGAAGCCGAAGGAGGAGACCCUCGGCGGUCUUGCCCAAGUCCAAUCUCGACGUCCCAUCGGCACCGUGCUCGACUACAUCCGAAACUCCCGCGUCGCCACCGCCCUGUUCACGACCAUGGCCGACUUCCAAGAGGUGCAGUCCUUCUUCAUGAUCGCCAUCCAACUCGCCACAAUCAUAAUAUACGGACCGUCCUGGGCUCCCAAAGAAUUUACCAGCGCACGAUCCUCCGCCUUCUUCGCCGCGACCCACGUCCUCCUCGUUCUCAUGAUCCAGUCCUCCCUUCAGCGUCUCGGCGUACGAUGGUGGUACACCUUCCUCCUCUCCCUAGCGGUAUACGUCCUCGGGGUCAUCAUCGACCAGAGCCACUUGGCGAAAUACGCCGUCGACCCGCUUCCCGAAUGCGGAGGGAACCUCAACAUGCACCCGCUUCGCCUGUCGCCCCCGGACGGCGAUGACACGACCAUCCCGAGUAUUUACGGUCGGCGCCUGGCUCGCCAGUGCAUCGCGGUAUCACACCUCUUCAUCUCCAUCCUGGCCAUCGAUCAGCUCAUUCACAGCUCGCUCUUCGGCAAGCUCCGCCAGAAGAUGGACCUCGAGAGAUAUCCCAUCGUCACCGUUAUUCUACACUUGCGAUGGGCCGUCCUUGACCUUAUCAUGGUGGUAUUUCUGCUGAGAUACAUCAUCUCGAUAGAUUAUUCUAUCGGCUUAACUUUUAUUGCUCCUGGCGUAUGGGAUUACGGCCAGAUCAUUGCUAUUUUAGUUUGGGCCCCCGUUUUUGCGAAGUGGAUGUAUUCUUCGAUAUGUGAGUAUUCAACGCCCCCGUGUUCAUCCGGUCGUGCACACGACUCUAGCUAG